UCCUCGGACUUCCGGUACGCGAGCUGUGUGUGGUGACGUCACGGCGGCGCUGCCUUUCCUGUGUGUGGUCACCGUCCUCCGGCACCAUGAGCACUAUGUUUGCGGACACCUUGCUGAUCGUGUUUAUAUCGGUGUGCACGGCGCUGCUGGCGGAGGGCAUCACAUGGGUUUUAGUUUACAGGACAGAUAAGUACAAGAGGUUAAAAGCAGAAGUGGAAAAGCAAAGUAAAAAAUUGGAAAAGAAAAAAGAAGCUAUAACAGAAUCUGCCGGACGCACACAAAAAAAAAAAAUAGAACGUCAGGAGGAGAAGCUGAAAAAUAAUAAUCGUGAUUUGUCCAUGGUUCGGAUGAAGUCAAUGUUUGCUAUUGGCUUUUGCUUCACUGCUUUGAUGGGCAUGUUCAACUCAAUUUUUGAUGGUCGUGUUGUGGCAAAAUUACCGUUUGUUCCCUUGUCAUAUAUUCAAGGGCUAUCGCACAGGAAUCUUUUGGGAGAGGAUUAUACUGACUGCUCAUUUAUUUUUCUCUACAUACUUUGCACUAUGUCUAUCCGACAGAACAUCAGAAGAUGCUGGGACUCGCACUUCUCGGGCGGCUACCAAGCAGGGCUGGAGGAUUCUUGGGACCUCCUCCACAAGCUGGAAAGUUCUCUUAGUGGAACUGGCAGACUAUCACUACUGUCUUUGUUGCAUAAUCCAAGUGUCCAUGCCGUUGAAUUCCCCAUUCACAAGUUGUACAUUGAAUCUAUGGUCAUAGAUGACUGAUAAGGUUUUGUAUGUCAAAGAUGUGUCAUUCAAUUAGUGACAAACGAAUGCUUUUUUUCAAAUAAACCAUUUUAACCUCGCUAAUUCCUGAAUUCAAAUAAGAAAACACUAAGUUUCAAAUAUGAUGCGGGGAACAAAUUAAUUAAAUUUUAAGUGUUAGAUUUGAUUAAUAGUAAAUUAUUGAGACGGUCAUGGCUGUAAUUCAUGUUUCUGAUUCUAAGUUUCUGUAACAUUUUGUCUGUCAUUUGAUAUUUCCUUCAGUUUAUUUAUUAAUCAAAUGUAACAUGAAA